AUGACACUGUACAUGCCAUUGUUCAGGUCAUGUUCUAGUUUAAGGCCACUCACUCAGCUCCAUGCCCACCUUGUGGUCACUGGCCUCCACAAUGACCCACUUGCCUCUACUAAGCUUCUUGAGUCCUAUGCCCAAAUGGGUUGUCUCCAAUCAUCAAGACUCGUUUUUUAUGCUUACCCUUCUCCUGAUUCUUUCAUGUUUGGGGUUCUCAUCAAGUGUUACCUCUGGAACCACUUGUUUGACCAAGUGGUUUCACUUUACCAUCAUCACAUGGGUUCCCAGCUGACCCAGAACUGCAGCUUUCUGUACCCUUCUGUUCUGAGGGCUGCUUCUGGUGCUGGUGACUUGGUUAUGGGCAGAAAAGUGCAUGGAAGGGUAGUUAAAUCCGGGUUUAGCACGGAUCAUGUUAUCGGAACUUCAUUGUUGGGUAUGUAUGGGGAAUCAUGUUGUUUGAAUGAUGCUCGGAAGGUGUUUGAUGGAAUGGUUGAGAGAGAUUUGGUUUCCUGGAGUUCCAUAAUCUCAUGUUAUGUUGAGAAUGGGCAGCCAGGCGAAGGAUUGGGAAUGUUUCGUUGGAUGGUUUCUGAGGGAAUUAGACCUGACUCGGUUAUAUUGCUUAGCAUAGCUGAGGCUUGUGCCAAAAUUGGUUGUUUGAGGCUAGCUGAAUCAGUUCAUGGAUAUGUGAUCAGAAAAGACAUGGCUGGUGAUGCCAGUUUGAAUAAUUCUCUUAUUGUUAUGUACAGCCAGUGUGGUUACUUGUGUAGAGCAGAAGGGCUCUUUGAAAACCUGAUUGAUCGAAGUACUGCUUGUUGGACUUCCAUGAUUUCAUCCUAUAAUCAAAACGGGUGCUUUGAAGAAGCAAUUGGUGCUUUUAUUCAGAUGCAGGAGUCAGAAGUAGAACCCAAUGCAGUGACAAUGAUUAGUGUUCUGUAUUCCUGCACUAGAUUAGGCUUGCUAAAAGAGGGAAAGUCAGUUCAUUGCUUUAUUUUAAGGAAAGAAAUGGAUGCUGCUGAUCUUGAUCUAGGGCCUGCACUAAUAGAUUUCUAUGCUGCAUGUUGGAAAAUAAGCAUUUGUGAAAAACUUCUUCAUUUAAUUGGAAACAGCAAUGUUGUAUCAUGGAACAGGCUCAUAUCAUUUUAUGCUCGGGAGGGUUUGAACGAGGAGGCCAUGGUACUCUUUGCACAUAUGUUUGCAAAAGGGCUAAUGCCAGACUCAUUUAGCUUAGCAAGUUCUAUUUCUGCAACUGCAAGUGCUGGCUCAAUACAAUUCGGACAGCAGAUACACGGCCAUGUCAUGAAAAGAGGCUUCAUGGACGAAUUUGUUCAGAACUCCUUGAUGGAUAUGUAUUCAAAAUGCGGUUUUGUUGAUUUGGCAUACACAAUUUUUGACAAGAUUAUGCAGAAAAGCAUUGUGACAUGGAACUGUAUGAUUUGUGGGUUUUCUCAGAAUGGCAUUUCAGUAGAAGCACUCAACCUAUUUGAUGAGAUGUACUUCAAUUCUCUGGAGAUUAAUGAAGUAACCUUCUUAAGUGCAAUUCAAGCUUGCUCCAAUUUGGGUUACCUUGAGAAGGGAAAAUGGAUUCACCAUAAAAUCAUUGUAUCUGGUGUACAGAAGGAUCUUUAUAUUGACACAGCUCUGGUUGACAUGUAUUCCAAGUGUGGAGACCUUCAAACAGCCCAAGGAGUUUUUGAUAGCAUGCCAGAGAAAAGUGUGGUGUCAUGGAGUGCCAUGAUUGCUGCUUAUGGCAUACAUGGUCAAUUAACUGCUGCCAUCUCACUCUUCACUGAAAUGGUAGAGUCAGAUAUUAAACCAAACGAAGUAACCUUCAUGAAUAUCUUAUCUGCCUGCAGGCAUGCCAGAUCAGUGGAGGAAGGGAAAUCAUAUUUUAACUCAAUGAAGGAUUAUGGCAUAGUGCCCAAUAUAGAACAUUUUGCCUCUAUAGUUGAUCUUCUAAGCCGUGCUGGGGAUAUCAAUGGAGCAUAUACAAUAAUUAAAUCAAUGUGUCUGCCUAUAGAUUCUAGCAUAUGGGGUGCUCUUCUGAAUGGAUGUCGAAUACAUGGGAAGAUGGACUUGAUUAAAAACAUAUAUAAAGAACUUGGGGAAAUAAAUACAGAUGAUACAGGGUACUAUACUUUGUUAUCUAACAUAUAUGCUGAAGGAGGAAACUGGUAUGAAUCCAGAAAGGUGAGAUCAAAGAUGGAAGGAAUGGGCCUAAAGAAGGUCCCUGGGUGCAGUACAAUUGAAAUUGAUAGGAAAAUAUACAGAUUUGGAGCUGGAGAUACUUCUGAAUGGCUAAUGAAAGAAAUUUACAUGUUUUUAGAAAAUUUUCAAAGUUUGGCACAAGAACAAGGAUGUGAUGUAGAAUUCUAUAGUGCAAUGUAUGGUACUGGUAUGUUUUUUGAGGAUUAUAGUGUUUAUAGCUUGCAGAAAGAUAGUCAUGUGAUGUGA